GGACGGAAGGAGCAGGCUUGGGGGCUGGCUCGUCCCGCUCAUCCAAUCAGAGAGCUCAGGACCGGGGAGGGGCGGGGCUCCAGUGGUCGGGGGUGUGACUAGGGAAAAGAGUUGGAAGGAGCGGGCAGAGAGGGCGGGCUCCCGGAGAUUAAAAGCAGCCAAUCAGGGCGCGCCGGCUUCUUUAGGAGAGCGGCGUGGGGCGUCGCCGCCGCUGCCGCGCGCGCCGGGGGCUGGUUAAGGCCAUGAAACAAAAGAAAGGCUGAGAGGGGAGCCGCUGCCACCUCCAGCAGCCCGCCCCGCCGCCGUCCCCACCCACCCACCUAGUUACCUACCUCUGCCUGCCUGCCCGCGGCCCCUCCACCCCGCCCGCUCCGGCCUGCGGGCGGACCUGGCGCGCUUCGGCCCGGCCCGCCGCCUCCCCCGAGGAAAGGUGUUUGCGCUGAGCAGGGCCCGGGCCCUGUCCGCCAUGGGGCCCGCCGCCCGCCGCGCCUGACCCGGCCGCCGCCGCCGCCGCCAUUGACAGCGCGGCGCCGCAAUGCCGAGCGGCAGCUCCGCGGCCCUGGCCCUGGCGGCGGCCCCGGCCCCCCUGCCGCAGCCGCCCCCGCCGCCGCCGCUGCCCCCGCCCGCGGGCGGCCCGGAGCUCGAGGGGGACGGGCUGCUGCUGCGGGAGCGCCUGGCCGCGCUAGGCCUCAACGACCCCAGCCCGGCGGAGCCCGGCGCCCCGAAGACGCUCCGGGCCGCGACGGCAGCGGCGGCGGCGGCGGCGCAGAGCCAGGCCCGGCGGGCGGCAGGACUGUCUUCAGAGGAGCGGGCGCCGGUCGGCCGGCCCGCGGCCCCGGAGGCGGCGGAGCUGGAGCUGGAGGAGGACGAGGAGGAGGAGGGGGAGGAAGCGGAGCUGGACGGAGAGCUGCUGGAGGAGGAGGAGGAGGAGGAGGAGCUGGACGAGGCCGAGGAGGAGGACCGGCCGUCGCUGCUGCUGCUGUCGCCGCCCGCGGCCGCCGCCGCCUCCCAGAACCAACCGAUCCCGGGCGGGCCCCUGGGCUCGGUGCUGCUGCCGGCCGCAGGCUUCGAUGCGCGGGAGGCGGCGGCUGCGGCGGCAGGGGUGCUGUACGGAGGGGACGAUGCCCAGGGCAUGAUGGCGGCGAUGCUGUCCCACGCCUACGGCCCCGGCGGUUGCGGGGCGGCGGCGGCCGCGCUCAACGGGGAGCAGGCGGCCCUGCUGCGGAGGAAGAGCGUCAACACCACCGAGUGCGUGCCGGUGCCCAGCUCCGAACACGUCGCCGAGAUCGUCGGCCGCCAGGGUUGUAAAAUUAAAGCACUGAGAGCCAAGACAAACACGUAUAUCAAGACACCUGUUCGUGGUGAAGAGCCCAUUUUUGUUGUCACUGGACGGAAAGAAGAUGUUGCCAUGGCCAAAAGAGAAAUCCUCUCAGCUGCAGAACACUUCUCCAUGAUUCGUGCAUCUCGAAACAAAAAUGGCCCUGCCCUGGGAGGGUUGUCCUGUAGUCCUAAUCUGCCUGGGCAGACCACUGUUCAAGUCAGGGUCCCCUAUCGUGUGGUGGGGCUAGUGGUUGGACCCAAAGGAGCAACUAUUAAAAGAAUUCAGCAGCAAACCCACACCUACAUCGUAACUCCAAGCAGAGAUAAGGAGCCUGUCUUCGAGGUGACGGGAAUGCCAGAAAAUGUAGACCGAGCCCGGGAAGAAAUAGAAAUGCAUAUUGCCAUGCGCACAGGAAACUAUAUAGAGCUCAAUGAAGAGAAUGAUUUCCAUUACAAUGGUACCGAUGUAAGCUUUGAAGGUGGCACUCUUGGCUCUGCGUGGCUCUCCUCCAAUCCAGUUCCUCCUAGUCGUGCAAGAAUGAUAUCUAAUUAUCGAAAUGAUAGCUCCAGUUCUCUAGGAAGUGGUUCCACAGAUUCCUACUUUGGAAGCAAUAGGCUGGCUGACUUCAGUCCGACAAGCCCAUUUAGCACAGGAAACUUCUGGUUUGGAGACACACUACCAUCUGUGGGCUCAGAAGAUCUUGCAGUCGACUCUCCUGCAUUUGACUCUUUACCAACAUCUGCUCAAACUAUCUGGACUCCAUUUGAACCAGUUAACCCACUCUCUAGCUUUGGGAGUGAUCCUUCUGGUAACAUGAAGACUCAGCGUAGAGGAAGUCAGCCAUCUACUCCUCGUCUGUCUCCUACAUUUCCUGAGAGCAUAGAACACCCACUUGCUCGGAGGGUUAGGAGCGACCCACCUAGUACAGGCAACCAUGUUGGCCUUCCAAUAUACAUCCCUGCUUUUUCUAAUGGUACCAAUAGUUACUCCUCUUCCAAUGGUGGUUCCACCUCUAGCUCACCUCCAGAAUCAAGAAGAAAGCACGACUGUGUGAUUUGCUUUGAGAAUGAAGUUAUUGCUGCCCUUGUUCCAUGUGGCCACAACCUCUUCUGCAUGGAAUGUGCCAACAAGAUCUGUGAAAAGAGAACGCCAUCAUGUCCAGUUUGCCAGACAGCUGUUACUCAGGCAAUCCAAAUUCACUCUUAACUAUAUAUAUAUAGAUAAAUACUAUAUCUCUAUAUGGACUCGUAAAGGCAUGGGUAUAAUGGUACCCCCCAGUAAACUUCCUAAUGAAUUCUUAUGACUGUUAUCAGGCUUUAUUGGGAUUAGGCUAAAGUUGUUAGUAAACUUAUAAAAGGCUGCUAUGGUAACACUAAA